AUGGGGUAUGCCAGUUGGAUGAAGUCGGUGGAAAAUGGGGGAAUUGUCGAUGGGAGUGAUGAAGACAACGGAUUGGGGUAUGAUGAAGAAUACUCGCUUUGCCUUUCACUGUCUUCCAUGGAGCCUACCCCACCAGCAUCACCAGAUACUAUAAACUCCAAUAACUCGAUAAGCUCAACAAACGGGCUUAACUUGAACGAUUUGCACACGAUCUUCUGUGACUGUGGUGAAAAGAUAGCUGAGAAAAAAGGUGAGGUGGAGCGCAUGAAGGAGGAGAUGGGUCGCGAUUACCUUCAUUCCAGGGUUGAUGUCCUCAACAUGUAG